AUGCGCGGAAUCGCACAGCAGCGACAACCUUUGCAAAAUGCGGCCGAGCCGAACAAGCAGAAAGAAGAGAAGAAAGGCGGUCUGAGGAUGGUCCGACAGAUCGGCCGGACCAAUCUGAUGGACCCCAACAAAGUUGGAUUGAUCGGGGUUUUAUCAGUUUUGAAACUUGGGAGAAUAAGAAUUGUUCGUUAAGGCGCCGAAGACUGGGCCGGUGACUUUGGCUGCGAUCGGACGUGGAAAAUCGAAGCCGCAACAGUCUUCUUUCGAAGUUUUCGUCGAUUCUUCUCCGGCUCGCCGGGAAUCCACUUCUAACAACAUGAUACAUGUGCUUGAGAAAUUCAUGGAAGAGAAGGAGAAGGCCAAGGUAAAAGCUUAGAAAAUUGAGUGUAGAUCGCCCUUUAAACUUCAAUUUGUUCUCUAUUUGGUUUUUUUUUGAGGACUAUUGAGUAGAGAUCUGAACUUUUCAGAUACGAUUUCGCUCUGGGUUCCAGCUGGAACAUUUCUUGAAUGAUUAAAGCUUAUUUUCAAAAUUAAAUUCCUCAUUUACCCUUUUAUUUUUUUUCUGAUUAUUUAUCUCAAUCUUCAAAAAAAAAAUUCCAGAUCGAGGAACCGAAAGAUAAAGAAAACGCGCAGCCGAACAAGGCUUUCGGGUUAAGAGUCCGUCACAAUACAGAUGAUAUCCCAUAUAUCGAUGAAUCCGUCCCUUCCAGCGUUCACGGUUUCAGCCUCGACGAGGUUAACAAAAAAAAAGAUGAUUUUUCACCAAUGAAACUUUUCAGAAUGCCGAAACGGCUGCUCAGACUGGAGCCACGAUGAUUCGAGCGGAGCUCGCCAAGAUUAAAAUGACCGCUGAGGUGAUUUUUUCACCAAAUUUAAAUCAAAAAGUUUUUUUUGUUCAGAUGGAAGCUGUGGGAUCGUCUGUCAACGUUGUUCCUUCUCCGGAGGCAGAAUUUAAAGAUGCUGAUAGGAAUUCAGAGUGAGAAAAAUUCAAAAAAAAAAAAACCAUAAUAUUUUUUCCUCUAGAUACGCGAAAGCCUUGGCGAUGCGCGACCAGGCAAAUGAGGCCAUUUUUAACUCGGAUGAGUACUAUCAGGAUAUUUAUCGGUGGGUUUUGGAGAGUAGACAGAAAUAAUUAGUUUUCGGCGGAAAAUAUACUCUGGCAAAGUCGGAAUGGUGGAUAAUGGCCGCUUAAAGUGAGAGGCGCGAAAAAGGCAGCAAAAAGGGUCUUUUUUAUCGAGCUUUCCAGUUUUUCUAGAACUUCAAAGGGUCAAGAAUUGGUGGAAAAAGGGAGAGAGAGCAAAAAUGGUGCAUAAGAGCCGAUGAAAUAGCGUAAAAAGCAGCAAAAAAGGAAAAUUUCUAUGAAGCAUUUUUCGACCCUUUCCUACUUUGUACACGAACAUCGAGACGCUCAUAAACUUUUUUACUUAAAAAAUAAUUUUUUUUCCAGCUACAUGGCGAAGCGACAGCAAGCGGUACGCUCCUCGUCGCGCUACAUGAGACGCCAACGAGAAGUGACGGUGGAAAUGAGAGCCAUCCUCGUCGAUUGGUUCUGCGACGUCGCCGUCGAAUACGCGUUGUCGCAGGAGACGAUCCACCUGGCUGUCUCGAUCGUCGACCGCGUCUUGUCCCUUUUCAUGGUCGAGAAAAGUCGCCUGCAGCUGGUCGGCACCACGGCCCUCAUGAUCGCCUCGUACGUAGAGAAAUUGUUACGAUAUGAAAUCAAGUAUUCCAAAUCUCAAUUUUUCCUUUUCAAGCCGAACUUUAGUUCGUGUGCAUCGAACUUUACGCAGCGUAAAUGAGUUUCCGAAAAGAAUCCUUCAUAUUUGUACAUUCGUUUAACAGUUGGAAGCUACAAAGUUCACAUGCCACUGUAAAAAUUUCAAGUUUUCCUGCUUUAAACUCAUAUCCGAUUCACGGCUAACUUGGGAGGCUAAAGGGGUGUAGCCUGUCUGCUCUCUUCAUAAACCAUACACUAUCUCUCUUCUUAUCGUAUCGGGACCUUUUUUCCGAUGGCUCAAGCCAGCCGUGAAUCAGCUAUACGUAAAAUUUCACGCGUGUGGCUUCUCAUUUACUCGUAUUAUUCGUUAGUUGGAAAAAGAAUAUUCUUGAAGUAACCAGUAUCCAUUCAACCUUCUAGUUUCCAGGAAAUACGAAGAGAUCUUCCCACCAGAGCUCAAGGACUUUGCUCACAUCACUGACGACUCUUUCACCACUUCUCAGGUAGGCAAAAGUCACAGAAACUCUAGAUGAUCAACGUGGACUUUCAGAUCCUGAUGAUGGAGCAAUACCUGCUCAACCAGCUCGGCUUUGUCGUCGGAGCUCCUACCGUUUCUUGGUUCGGCACCAUGUUCGCCAAGCGUCAAGGAGCUGAUCGGUGCGGGAUUGGCAAACUUUCUUUGAUAUUUGGAAAAAAAUAACGUAUCAAAAUCUGAAAUCCCAGUUUUUCAUGGAAUCGGGCUUUUUGAGACAAUCUCAAGCAUCUUAAUGCCAAGACCUCAAGAAAAUCAGACUUCAAAUCGUCUUGAUAUCAAUUUUUCAUGAUUUUUGAGAUUUUGAACUUGAUCUUGUGGAGAUAUUUUGGUUCUCAUGGAUAUUAAGCUGAACAAAAAAAAGUUGAGAAACGCUAAAGUUCCAAUUUUCCUUUAAAGUUAUUUCUUCAAGUCAAGUUGUAAUUCUGUUUGAAUCCUUUUUUGGGAACCUCUCUCAAUUUAUAUUAAGAAAUUCGAAAAUGAAAUUCAAGUUCAUUUAUUCUAGCCGUACUCGCCUCGCCACACAAUACCUGAUGGACUUGACGCUUCUCGACUACUCUUUCCUCAAGUACAAGCCAUCUUUCAUCGCGGCUGCCUGCCUUUGCUACGCGAAUAUUCUCACGGGUUCGUUUAUUCCUUCCAGAAAGUUCCAAGAAUUGUAAUGUUAAUUUUUCAGGUUUGGAGCCGUGGUCGGCGAAAAUGGUUCAAGAUACGGGUCUCUCGAUACGAGCUUUCGCCGCGGUUUUACCCGAACUUCAUGUGUAAGUUUCAGGAAGAAAAAGUCCGAAAUUUAUUUUUAGUUCAUUCAGAAAUUACUCUUAAAAUGGGGGUUAUUUUGAUUGGCUAGACACGCCCAUUCUGACCCAUUCUCGACACUUUUUAAGAUUUUGCAAGACUGAAAAUGUGAGCAUAGAGUUUUCAACUUCCUUUUUUUGCUACUGAAGGGACUACUUUAGAAAUUUUGAGUGGCAACUAUAGUAGCCAAGUUAGUUGCCACUUAAGGGGUUAAAAAUUAGUGGCCACUAUAGAGGUCUAAGUGCUACUACUAGACCGCUAAAAUUUUUAGUGGCCACUUGGGGGUCAGUGGACCACCAUAACUGGUCCAAUCUGUUUGUUUUAAAAUUAUCAGAGUUUUUGGAAAGAAUACUGGAUGAAAAACUACUGAAGUGGCACCUGAAACGGAAAAUAGUGGCCACUCUAGAGGUUGGUUUAGUGGUCACUUUAGUGUCCUUUCCAAGUAGUCCUUGGCGAGCCUCUAUAGUGGACAAUGAAAAUUUUCCCAGAAGCUUCAAAUUUGUCGUAGAUUAUUAAUUUUUCGCGGUGAAUAGAUGUGGCCGCAUUUAGAAUGGCUCAAUACUUCCAUAUCUUGAUUUCUCAAGCUUUAAAUUAUUGAGCCUCUCCAGCUCCGACUUCUCAAACUUGUCGAUUUUCAGAGCCUUCACCAGCGCGCCAAGCAGCGAACACGGGUCGGUUCACCACCGGUUCAGCAGCCCAGAAUACGAGUCGGUAGCCUCGAUUCCACCACCGGCGACGCUUCCAGCCGAAGUCGCCCAGAUGAACUUUGGCGUCGUGCGACCCUCAGUCGUCUAA